AUCACCCUGCGGUUGCCUUUGUGGCAGAGGCUCGGACACAACACAACCACUGCAAUCGGCAAACAAAUAGCUUCACUUCACAGAUCACUCCCUCCACACUCUCAAGUCUCAUCUCACCCGCAUUAUUACAGUCUUUUCCGCAAAACACCUUGUGUACCCAAUCUCUCAGACCGUACUGCUCACUGCUACAAUGUUGCUGAGGUCCAUUUUGGAAAUAUCAUCUCGCCAUACCCUUAGAAGGAACCCUAGACCUUAUAUAAUUCAGAUACCUACACAUCUACCUUCACAAAAGAGAUUCUCAACUGCAUCGAAACCAAGUGGUGCCCCAGCUCCUGGUUCUACUGGCAAGCCACCUGAGUCUAAUGACACUUUAUCAAAGUUUUUCAUUGGAAGUGUUGCUCUAGGUGCUGCUUUUCUUGCUGCUUACCAAACUGGUUAUUUGGAUCAAUAUCUUCAGAAGGAGCAGCAUAGUGUUCCCCAGGAAGCUCAAAUCAAUGCUGCCACUGGAGAUUCGAAGAGUGUACAACAUUCAUUGGACCAGUUAGUUUCACCUAGCAGUGAGAAAUUUAACAAUGAAAAACCUUCUGUAGAACAUGCAGAGCAGAAGAUUGAUACCCAUUUUCCUCAGCCAGAAAAUGUAGUAGAAGAUCAAGGUGAUAAGUUGUUUCAAGUGCAAGACAAAUCUGAUAUUGCUGAAGAUGGCACUACUGCUGCCAAAGAAAACCAGUUGCCUGAGUAUCCUCAUAGCAGUCUAACAUCUGCUGAUACAAGUAAAGAGUCUGGGGUGCAAUCUGAAGGGAUUGUUGACAUAAAAAGCACAGAGACAGAUAUUGUUCCAGGACUGGAAGAGGGAAUUCAACAUACAUCCACAUCUACACAGCCCGGUGCAGUUCCAGAUGAAAAUGGGAUGAAAAAUAUUCAACCAAAGCAACAGGAAAUAGAGGAGAGAAAAGAGAAUGCAUUUGGUGAAGAUAUAGAACAACAACCCACUCUCCUUGAGGAAUAUAACUUACGGAAUAAGUCAGAAGGAAGUCCUUUAACUUAUUUAUAUAGUCAUGGCCUUACUGAGAAUACCCAUUUUCCUGAAGAAAAAGAGGCUCUUGGUGGUGCAAUGGAGGAGUUGAAAGAUGGUUACGUGUCUCAGGAUGGGAAACUGGUUCUUGAUUUCUUACAAGCCAUCCAUGCUGCGGAGAAAAGGCAGGCGGACUUAGAUGCACGUGCUUUUAAUGAAGAGAAGAAAGUGUUGAAGGAAAAAUAUGAAAAGAAGUUAAAAGAUGCAGCUGCCAGAGAACUUAUGCUUGCUGAAGAGGCUGCAAUGUUGGACAAGGAGAUAAAAAGAGAGAGAGCAAAAGCAGCCCUCGCUAUCAAGUCACUUCAAGAAAAGAUGGAAGAGAAACUGAAGAUAGAACUUGAACAAAAGGAAAUUGAAGCAGAACUGAAGUUGAAAAAAGUUCAGGAAUUGGCAAAGGCAGAGUUAAAUGCAGCCAUAGCAAAUGAGAAGUCAGCUCAAAUUGAAAAAAUGGCUGAAGCAAAUAUUAAUAUAAAUGCCUUGUGCAUGGCAUUUUAUGCCCGAUCUGAAGAAGCUCGUCAAAGUCAUGCUACUCAAAAUUUUGCUUUGAAAGCACUUGCACUGGAAGAUGCACUGUCCAAAGGAUUGCCAAUUCAGACAGAAAUAGCAUCCUUGCAGUCUGAUCUUGAAGGCAUAGAUAAAGACUCAGUUUUGGAUUUGGUGCUAGCAUCCCUUCCUGAAGAAACACAGAACGAUGGUACAGACACACAACUGCAGUUAAAGCAGAAGUUUGAUGCCUUAAAAGGUACACUACGACAUUUCAGCUUCUUUCCCCCAGGAGGGGGAGGUAUAUUGGCGCAUUCUUUGGCACAUGUAGCAUCCUGGUUGAAGGUUAGGGAAGCUGACCAAUCAGGUGAUGGGAUUGAAUCAGUCAUUAAUAAAGUUGAGAGUUACUUGGCUGAAGGAAAACUUGCUGAAGCAGCAGAUUGUCUAGAAGACAGUGUCAGAGGUACCCAAGCUGCAGAAAUUGUUGCAGGUUGGGUGAGGCAAGCAAGAAACAGGGCUAUUUCUGAGCAAGCUGUAGUUCUUCUUCAAUCUUAUGCUAAUUCCAUUAGCCUUACAUAACUAUCAAAUUUUGAAUAUUUACAAAAACCAUGUUGAUUUAAAUACCUAAGGCUGCAGAGAUUAUUAUCUGGUUCUACAGAAGAUGCCAACGGGAAUCGCCUGAAUAAUUGACUCACAAGGAAAACAAAUUAAACUUUUUUCUUUCAUAGCAGCUGAAAUUGGUUGAUUCUGUGAUAUCUAUGUAACUCCAAUGCAUUGGAGUUUGGACUGAAGCGAUGUCAAGCUCUGUAUAAUUUUGCUCUUUUUUCCCUGAAUGACGAAAAUGUUGCGUUGCUCCCUAUGGAAAUUUCAAUAAUAUACCGCUGGCGAUAAGGUCAAGGUUG